UCUUUUCCUUUUUUUCCUUUCCUUUCCUUCCUUCUUUUUUCCUCCAAGUUCUUCAGUUUCUUUCCUCUAUCAAUUAUCAGCUAUUUUAAUAAUGAAGGCUUUCGCUCAUUUUCUUUAAUAAAAAAGGUUCAAGAUCUUGUCAAGAACUUGAGGCAAAGGAAUGGCAACAAGGACAAGGGACAUUGCCCCUUUAGUAAAGGGUAAGAGAAGCACCAACACAUCUAAAACAAAGUCUCUUGUCCACACACAUAAUGCCACUAAUCCAACUGCCUCAAAUAAGAACAUCAUACCUAGCUAUCUCAAAUCCAAACCAGCUUCAUCAAGUUAUUCCAACAUUCACCAUAAACAAACUCCAAAUCAUAAAACAUCGAUCGAUAAGCCUCCUUCUAGUCUUGAUAAUGUUCAUGGCAAGAAUGCAGCCUCGACGAGUGAUGCCAAUAUUCACAAUAAAGACACCCUAGCUCGUAGAUCGUUGGAUUAUAAGGCUGCCCUAACUUCUAGUCUUGAUAAUACUCAAGGCAAGAAGCUAGUAGCCUCAUCAUCAAGUGUUCCUCCCAACAUUCAUAAUACACAAACUCUAGCUCGAAGAAGAUUAUCGUUGGAUCAUAGACCUUCCUUAUCUUCUAGUCUUGAUAAUACUCGAGGCAAGAAGCUAGUCUCGUCAAGUAGUGAUCCCAACAUUCAUAGUAAACAAAGUCCAGCUCGAAGAAGAUUAUCGUUCGAUCAUAGGCCUCCCCCACAUUCUGUUCUUGAUAAUAGUCCUCAAGGUAAGAAGCUAACCCCAUCAAGUAGUGAUCCCAACAUUCACAAUAAACAAACUCUAGCUCGAAGAAGAUCGUUCGAUCAUAAGCCUCCCUUGUCUUCUCCCCUGCUAAAAAACAGAACAAUAUCCCCUAAUCCCAGGGAAAGAAUUAUCAAACCAUCCUUGUCAUUAUCAAGUAAAACUUUCACUUCACAAAAACCCCUUAUGAAUAAAUUGUCCAAAUCACAUUAUACUAGUACUAAGGAUGUUAUUGGGAAUAAACAUGCUCCUGGCCUCUAUGCUAGGGCAGUGAAGCAAGAUAGUCCUGCUGGUUUAACAUCAAAAACAUUUAUAACAUCUAAUUUGCCAGAUAUAGUUGAGCAUAUUGAUCCUCGAGGCGAAGAGUUAUUAGAACAAGAGGAACAUCAAGAACAAGUCAAUGAAAGUGAUUUAGUCAUUGAAGAUCAUGAAGAGCUUAAUGACAAUAUAAACAUUGAAGAAUAUCUCAAGGCUGCUGAAUCCUCAUUAUAUGUUGUGGAAAAUCAAGAAGUCAUUAAAAUGGAAGUGCAAGAAGAGAAACAACUAGUUGAAGAAACAAGAAUCAACAACCAUAAAGAAGUAGAAGAAAUCAAGAAUGAGCCUAGUAAACUUGAUGUUGAAGAGAUAGAAAAACAAGAAAGUGUGAUAAAAACAGUUAAUGAGAAUCAAGAAAAGAAUGAGGAGGUUCAAGAAAGUGAAGUAUUAUUAAAAGAAUUGGAUAACUGUCAACAAGAGAAAGAGGAAGAAAAAGAAAAUAAGGAAAAAGAGUUGGAGGUGCAUAUUAAAGAAGAGAAAGCGGAAAAUGAAGGAAGAAACAAAGGAAAGGAAGAGAAUAAAGUUACAACUAUGGGAUUUGCAAAGCCUUAUCUUCAUUUGGUGCAAGGGAAUAAAAAGGAAAGUGUAGUAUCUAAUGAUGUGAUUGAAGAGACUGCAAAUAAACUAAGAGAGCAAAGGAAGAAUAGAGUGAAAGCAUUGGCUAGUGCUUUUGAAACUGUCAUUUCCUUACAAGAUUCAAGGUAAGUACAUAUACUUGUGUUGUUGUGUGUAAGCACCAUUCAUUAUUGUAACUUGUAUGCUUAUAAUUCCCCCAAUGAAGUGGAUAUUGUAACCAAAAAAAAUUGCUUUGUUUUGGAGAAAUAAAAAGAAUUCAUACAUUAUGCGAAAA